UUCAGCGUGUAUUCGGAAGAAGAAAACACAUUAGCAAUGAAAUGGUGUUUUGUUCUUGUUAGAUAACGGAUGCUAAUCAAACAAGACGACUCAACUGAUAUGGAUUUCUUUGGCCUAUAUUGUACAGUAAAAGCAAAUGAUAACAUGUAAACUGAUCAAUUGAUUAUUGCGUAUCAUUUGCGGUGAACUUUGCUUCGGGGGUCAACUUUAAGUCUUAAGUUUGGACUACAGAGACCGUGUAUUGAGUGUGAAGCUGACAUUGCUCUGCAAUGUUUAUAUUAAAAGUUUUUCUAGUUGUGUUUUUGGUGAAUGUCUUAUCACAGGCUGCGGUGGUUCACAAAGAUGCGAAGAGUACACAGAUAACUAAAGUUCAUAUAGUAUUUAUGAACCAUUUAGAUGUUGGCUAUGCUGACGGUAUUGACCAAGACACUGGGUUCAUUGUCCAAGUCCUGAACCGCUAUAUGACAGAGUACUUCGUGCGUGCCAUCAACAUCUCAAGAACAUUAAUCCAGGACGGCUACACCGAGAAAUUUGUGUAUACGACUCAUCCAUGGCUGGUCUCCCUUUACCUAGACUGUCCAAACAUCACUCUGAUUGGCGGGCCCUUAAAGUGUCCAUCCAAAGAGGAACAAAUGGAGUUCCGUCGCACGGUGUAUGAUGGUCUAAUUACGUGGCACGCCUUCCCGUUCAACAUCCAGACAGAUUUUAUCAGUUACUAUCUGUUCGAGUCUGGCUUGGAACUCAGUCAACGCCUGGACGCCAUGUUUAACAUUAAAAGGACUCAUCCGACUAUGAGUCAGAGAGAUGUACCAGGUAUCACCAAAGCUGCUUUAGCAUCACUCAAGAAAUACGGAAUCAAAAGCAUCUCUGUGGGCGUUAACCCAGGCACGGCGCCUCCAGAUGUACCGUCACCGUUUGUCUGGAAGUUCAGUUCGAAAGAUGAAGAUGGAAUAAUGGCGUUUUGGAUCAAAGGUGGUUACCCGCUGAACCCGGGACCGAAUCCGGCCCAACCUGGUGGCCUGUCCAGGGACAAAUGUGUCAUUGCUGAUGGCUUGUCUGAAAUAUUGUGCUUCGCGUUUAGAACAGAUAACACUGGACCACCGAUCACUAUACAAGAAGUUCUAGGAUAUUACGAAAUACUAAGAGCUGAGUUUCCAGGGGCGGAGCUUGUGGCGUCCACAUUCGACAACUUUGUACAGGCACUGGAAACUGUCAAGUCCACUCUGCCGGUCAGGUGGUCUGAGAUUGGUGACACCUGGAUACAAGGAGUAGCCAGUGACCCAUGGAAAUAUUCCAGAUAUAGAGCCUUUGUCCGAGCCUGGGAAAACUGUGAAGGCUCUUAUCAUUGCAACCGUCACGCUGACCCCAGAAUCCAGAACAUGUUACGUUACCUGGUCAAGAUACCUGAACACACCUGGGGAUCACAUGGCAUCAUUGAUUUCAUCGCCUGGACCAAUGAGGCUUUGGAAGCUGCCAGACAAACCAAACCUUACCAGAUCAACGAGGACACCUGGAGAGAGCAGAGACAGUUCUUGGACCUGGCAUUGACUGCACUUGAGGACCACCCUUUAGUUCAAUCUAUACAGAACGAAUACGAGGAUCUGGUGGCUGCUGAACCGGAUCUAAGCGAAUACACAGAGGCGUCUCCUGAUCAAGAUUUCUACUGUCCCAAUGGUGGGAUCAUUCGCUUCGCAUCUGAUGGUUCUUUAAUUCGUCUUUAUGACCCGUUCAAUAAGAAAGAGUGGGCGUCUUCGACCUCGAGAAUUGGCCAGAUCCUUUACGACACGUACGUGGAACAAGAUUUUAUUGACAUGGCCAAAUUGUACAACUAUGUUUCUGGUGUCGGCUACGACAAGCCAAACAUGACAGACAACGCUCAUCCAGAAAAGAAAAGAUGGGAAGUGACAAUGCUAAACCUGUACAAAUAUAUCGGAUUAAAUUUUACUACGUGUGUCUUCUGGGUCAAGGCCGUUACUAAGGAUGAUCAGACGAGAACUAAAUAUGGCGCCCCGAAAGUAUUUUAUAUACAGUAUAGAAUGGAGUCUUCCAUUAUGCCUACCGUAAAUGUCACAUUCCUGAUGCUGGGUAAGACUACUACCAGACUGCCUGAGUCCAUCUCCUUUGGCUUCCAGCCUGUCAAUCAAGGUUACCAGUGGACACUGGACAAGAUGUCCCAGUACAUUGACCCUUGUGAUGUAGUGCUAAACGGGAGUCAGUAUGUCCACGGUGUCAAGAAUGAAGUGAACUUGUUAAACGAAGACAACAAGGGCAUACAGUUCUUCACCAGAGACGUGCCGAUAGUCAAUCUAGGGACAGACAAUCGCAUUGACUCCCCUUUCCCUGUCCCUCUUCAGCCAUUUGAGUGUUCUACCCUGAGAAAUUUCUCCUUCAAUAUCUACAACAACAUCUGGAACACCAAUUACCCAAUGUGGUAUCCAUUUAAUCAACAGGAUGAGAACUUUAAAGCAGAGUUUACCAUCUCGUUCAUUAGUUAGAAUUGGGAGCAUUAAUUGGUAUAAGUUUAAGUCUUAGGGGUGGAGGGAGCAUUUAUUAAUACACAUUCUAGACUUUAGCCACUUAAGGAUCAUUUAUUAAUACAAGUCUUAGACUUAGGGAGCAUUUAUUAAUACAAGUACACAUUAUAGAAUAAAGGAAAGUUUAAUACUAUCAUUGCCCAACUUUAUGCUUCACUCUGUAUAUUAUAAACUUUUAAAACCUGUAUGUAUAUACAGUAGAACCAUUAGAAGUGUUGGCAAAAUAAACUAAAAGCCUAAUAUUAUAAUGAACUCAAUGAAUUAUUAUAAUUAUAUCAUUGAUUAGAUCUAUGUAAGUCUAUUUGGUCAGCAUUAUUACUUACUACUAAGUAUCCAAAUAAAAAAUGUCAAUAUUGCUAUUUAUA